UUUUUAUGUAUUUCUACUUAUGGUCAUAUGAGAUUAUAGAGAUGCAUCCACGUGAUAUAGUAUUUUCACUGCAUCCAAAUAUAGAAUAUUAAAAUAUUGUAACUAAUAGGUAAUAUUGUACCUAUUAGGUGCCACACUGCCACUACACCAAGCUCUUCUGACUUUGUAUCCAUCAAUACUAGAAACUCUUUGAUCUCAACAAGCAGUCUUCCAUGGCGGCCGUACUGAUCAGAUCCGUCGUUAGAAACUUUAAACGGCCAGCCACCGCAGCCUCAGCCGCUUACUCGACAGGUGGUGGUGGCUGCGGUUGUACUUUUACGAAUAAAAAGCUAGAAGGAAAAAUAGCUCUCAUAACUGGAGUGAUCGCCGACUUAGAUGCGGAAACCGGGAUUAUAACCGCUAAAGAGCUGGGCUCAGCGGCAGAGUUUGUGCGGUGUGAUGUCACGGUGGAGGCGGAUAUCGCUAGAGCUGUGGAAAUGACGGUGGAGCGGUACGGGAAGCUAGACGUGAUGUACAAUAACGCUGGGAUUGUUGGACCCAUGACUCCGGCCAGCAUAUCGGAGCUUGAUAUGAAGGAGUUCGAGAGAGUGAUGAGGGUUAAUGUUUUUGGGGUUGCCUCCGGCAUCAAACACGCCGCCAAGUUUAUGAUUCCGGCUAGGUCAGGAUGCAUUUUGUGCACAUCAAGCGUUGCAGGCGUGACUGGAGGGUUGGCUCCACAUUCAUAUACAAUCUCAAAGUUCACAAUUCCCGGAAUAGUCAAGUCGGCAGCAAGCGAGCUCUGCCAACACGGAGUGCGUAUCAACUGUAUCUCACCGGCUACGGUGGCUACACCGCUCACUCUCCGUUACCUUCGUAAAGUGUUCCCGAAGGUAUCGGAGGAGAAGCUACGCGAAACAGUGAAAGGAAUGGGUGAGUUAAAAGGAGCUGAGUGUGAAGAAGCUGACGUUGCUAAAGCUGCUCUGUAUUUGGCCUCCAACGACGGUAAAUACGUUACUGGCCAUAACUUGGUCGUGGACGGUGGCAUGACUGCUUUCAAAAUAGCUGGUUUUCCUUUUCCUUCGGAAUCAUGAUCUAUCAUUUGUAUCUUCUAUAAAUAAGUUUUGUGUUCAAGAUUUCAAAUCCGGAUUUUAACAUUUAAUAAAUUUUAAAAGCAACUCUCCAAAUACAUAAGUUCAUUUGAA